AUGAGUGUUGUUGCCAGUAGACCAGCGAGCCCUGCUGUGCCGUUCACCCCCCAGGACGCGCCGAGCUACAAAGAAUUCGGCGUGAGCGUCCAGGCUGUGGCAUCACGCACCUCCUCCGUUUCCUCCUACAAAACCAAUUAUACCACCUCGACCGCCCCGACGACGGUCUACUCGCCCGGUUCACCCACGUCCUCCUGCCGCCAAUUCGACUCGGUGGGAUCCAUCGUGAAGCCUAUUGAGCCAGUCCAGCGACGAAUAUCCCAGGACGUCUACGACGUGAUCCUCAACAGCCUUGAGACCUUUCACAAAGCACAGCACCAAACUGGUUGCACGACAUGCUUUCAGCGCGACCUCCACGCCUUGUCCCUGACCUGCCGGGCUUGGGAGAAGGCAGUCAGACCACGACUUUAUACCCAGAUUCACAUUGUCGGGAAUGAUUCCCCGGCUCAACUGAAGAAAUACCGCCUCAAGAGGGGUAGUCGUUUGAAGCUGUUGCGCCGCACCCUGCGCGAACGACAUAUGCUGGCCAACCUCGUCCGCGAACUCCGGGUGCCUCAAAUGGAUAUGCUCUUCACCACCACUAAGCACAGCGCGCAAUGGGAGGAGUACCGUGACAUUGUCGCGUCUGUUGUCAUGGUCUGUCCGAAUCUAGAACGUCUGCUAGGCCUAUCGAUCCCGUAUCACCACGAAUUCGAUCGUCUGACCCAUGCGCUGUCGACCCGCAAGCGGCUCAAAGAGCACACCUGGGUGCUGGGCGAGGCAGCGGAGGUUUCCGAAAUGUCGCCCCGCAGUACCUCCUGCCCCGGCAGUCUCGGCCCGUCGCAGAUGUUCGAGUUUCUGGAUUACCAUGUCUCGUGGUCGAACCUGGAGACUUUGAUGCUGUAUGGUCUGAACGAGAACGGUGGGCUGGAGCCAAGUCUCUUCCUGCGCAUGUUUGAUCUCUUGCCGUCGUUGAAGAAUCUAUGUAUCACCUCCUUCAAUGAGGAUGCCUUCGCGGACAGUACGCUGUUAUGCCUACCGCCGCUAGAGUCUCUACGCUUGGAGAACUUGCCUGGCGUGACAGACAGCGGUCUUGUCCAGUAUACGUCGCGGCCCGAAUCCCGGUCGCUGAAGUCCUUUGUCCUGGUGGAGCAAAAUGUGGAAUCGUUGCUGGUCAUCUCGAAGAUUCUCUCCUCCCUGAGGCAGCUCGAACGGUUCAAGUUUGUGCAAAGCGACAAAUGCCCCGUCAUGCCGAGUGAGGGCAUGAUCUUUCAGCCGAUAUUGGCAUCAUCCAGUCUCAUAUACCUCCAUUGGGACGUGGCUUGUCCAGACCCCGGCACUGCCCUCACUCAGCUUGACUCCCUCCCCUUCCAACAUCCUCUCAAACAGUCCGACACCCCCAACUCCCAUCUCGCUCAGAGUAUUUUUUCUGCUGGAUUCCCAUGUCUCGAAACCCUUCGCGCCCCCAAUGAUGUUGAGCCUCCAGGUGUGCUGCAGGCCGCGUGCCGCCCCAUCAUCAAGGGCCAAGCGCUGCUCCGGCCUGACCGGUAUAGUCUGCCUCGCAGCUCGCAUGGGUCUGUCAGUACCCGGCCCCUAGCUUUGCCAGCUGGAAACAAUCUGACUUCUUCUCGAAUCCGUGCGCAAACGUUUAUCGACAUGGCCGCAAAGGAUACGGAAAACGGCAUGCCGGUAUUGAUCCAAGACUACUCGGACAAUUUCAUUCCCGACGUCGCGAUGGCUUCGCAGUUUGAGGAAGAGCCCGAGCGGGAAAUGGAUGACUACGGCAUUUGGGCCGCAGCCGAGCGAUAUAAGAAUGCUCCUCCGGAGACUGACAGCCCCAAAACCGUUUACGAAUUUCGGAUGCCUACUUUCAUGGGUCGUUCGGGUGUCAAGGAUCCCAUGACGGGGGCGUCUAUCCCCAAGUUCCUUUUACGUCCUGAUAUCCCAGGACAGGAAACAGAUGGUGGGUUGAUUGGGUGGAAGCAUUUGCUUGCAUCCAAUCAGUCGCUAUUAUACGCCACCGGCACGGGAGUCCAUUGCUUUGACAAUGGCAAGAAUAUCCCCAAUUCUCCUCCAAUCGAGGAGAUUGCUUCUCCAUCCUCCACUACCUCGCGAUUCGGUUGGGGUAGCCUGGGCAGCCGGUCGACAGGCACGCCAACAACUCCCAUCACCCCGAACACUCCGAUGAGCAAUGCUUCCUCCCAUGCACUCCCUUGGGAGAAAGAUACAUGCACUGGCUCCUGGAACCACAAGAUGGGCCGGGACUGGUGGUUCCACAUGGAACGUGACCGUCCAGGGAACUCUGAGCUUAUCACUGCCAUGCAGCUCUUCUGA